UAUGCAGCUCGCUUCAGAAGCGCGUGCCGAUUCGGGUGCAAUGGCGAUGUUAAAUUCAUUUUACUUGAUGCGAAGCAAACUGUCGACGGCCGAAAGUUUCUCUGAGGAUUUAGACGGGAGGACGAAAAUGCACGUCCCGAGAAGUGACAUCGCAUAUCUGCGAAGGAAAAUCGAGGAAAAGAAAGACGAUCGCUUCUCUCGUUUUUAAAUUUCACUCGGGAGUGUCCUCGGUAGCGAGAGUGGUGGGAUACCAGCGGCCAAAGUUCUUUGCAUCACCGUCCGGUGCAACGUGUGCUUCAUCCUAACCUCAACCUUGGAAAGGAAAAGAACACAGAGAAACAGUUACGUGCGCGAUACAUAUGUUUUCAUGGUAAUUUGAAAAUGUCGGAGACAUUCCUCACGCAUUUCAUCAAACUCCUCGAAGGUUGCAAGACCGAGAAAAUUGUUGAACUGUUCGCAGCAGAGAAGAGUACCACUCAAGAUGCUCUGAAUGUGAUUGUGCGCAUCACCAGUGACUACCUUACGGAUUCGAACUCACGGUCUGAUCUAUUUGAAUGUUGUAAAGCUGUAUUGAACAACAUAGCGGAGACAUGUGACCCUAUCGAGACUACAUUGGAGUUCUUGCAGCACAUGGAAUGUUUGGACAACGACGUCAAGUUCUGUGCCCUCUUGGGGUCAUUGGGUACGUGUAUAAUAAGAGGAAAGCAUACAACCAGUAUCGUCGAAUGGUCGGUCAGCACGAUCAAGUCGUACGUUGAAGAUUUACCUGGUGAGGUCGAGCAAGACAAAGUCAGUCGCAGGAUCAUAAAUGUAUUAGAAAGAAUCACAUCAUUCUUGGAACCAUUGGCGGAAGAGGCGGCAAAGAUGAAUUUUGAAGAUGCCUGUCUGUUCGGGGAUUAUUUUCUGAGUCUCCUUAUCACAUUGUGCGGAAGACCUUUUUGCUAUUUGAGCAAAAGCAUCGUCGAGACAGUUACGUACAAAAAACUCUUAGAAAAGAUCGUGACGUUGGCAGUUAGUUUCACCGGGGAUAUAUUGUAUUUUCUGAAUAUAGUUAGCAAUCGUUGUAGGAACAUCGUCGGUGACAGAUCGUAUCAAGAUGGAAAUACCGAGGACUGCAUACGCGGUAUGCUGUUUGAGUUAAGCGAUAAUGUGUCGGACUUGGCCUAUGCUAAUUUUUAUUACCACGUAAUCACCGAAGAGGCGUUCUGGAAGAACGCACCACAGGUUUACAGACCCCGCUACCUUCUCGAGACGUGUUCGUAUCUUUUCAAAAUACUGCUCGGUAAGAAGCAGGAGAUUUUAGUCUCGAACGGAUUGGUCUUCAUGGAGAAUGUUGUGAAGCGUAUUCGUCCUUGCUCCGUGCCUCUAUACGCGUUGGAAUUGAAGAUAUAUGAGGAUUUGUUUCAGCUGAUCAUCAACGUAAUGGUUUAUCGUAACAUCGACACAGACCGUAAGAAGGCGGUGCGCAUUUUCCAAGAAUACAUCGGGAUAUUUAACAUGGAGGCCAGAUAUUCGGUGAUCUCGCAUUUGUACGACACCGUGAGUGAGCAUUCCGGUGUGCUGAGCUUGAUCACGGGUAUGUUCAAAGCCUCCAUCGUCGAGUGCCUCGACUCGGCCCCUCGGAAUCCCCAUUUUCUCGGCAGAAAUCUGCAACUGAUGUUGAGGAAAAUUUGCAACUUGCCACACGGCAGUUUGUCGGAUCUGGUGGAGAUAUCGGACGAGGUGAUAACGGCGCUGAACUUGUUGCGGUUCUUGCUCAUCCGAGAUAAGCUGAACGAGACCGGCGUCUGGAACAUGAGGGACACCAUCCGAAGUGGCUAUCUGAAGCCGCUGAGAGAAGGGAUAGAUCUGUGCAAGACGCAUUGGAAGGUGAAGGCGAUGGACUUGGAGCGACAGAGGAAAAACGACGACGACGACAUGGAGGUGACGUUGACCGUCGGCGGUGAACAGUUGCCGGUCAUGCCAGUUGCGGAUAAAAUUCUGUUCUGCGAUCAGGCGAUAAAUGGACUGGACAUGAUGGAAAGCAUUCUUGUCCGAGUCAACGAAUGCAUGGAUGGAAUCGAACAAGCGCGAGCAAAUGUGUUAUCUGAGUAGUAGAAACGAUUGUGCCUUACUGAUAAUGUGUUGUAAAACUGUAUGGUAAAACGUCGAAUGUAUGUGAUUGAGCGGGGGAGACCUUUUCUCGUAAAAUUGUGUCUGAUAAAAUGAAUACUCAAUAAAAGGUUCCUCCCCUUAUCUUUCUUCAUCUGUUAUGCGACAAAAGUUCACGGGUGAUUAAUCUUCCCGUUAUAUCUAUUCGCUUCUCCGAUACACACAUGUAUAGAUAACUUUAAAAGUAGAUUGAUUGAUUU